AUGUCCCGACAAAGCACACGAUUAGAUGUUAAAAAAGUUGUAAGUACCUUUUUAUUAAUUUUGAAAUUUAUCUUCAUUUUGAAAUUUUAUAAAUUAAAAUUGAAUUAAUUAGAUAUAACAGUUAACAAACAUUCAAUUUUUAACAUAAGAAUGGUGUACACUAUACUUCUUAUAAUGUAGAUACAUGUAAAAAAAUGUUUUUAUCCUUCAAUAUGAUUAUUAUGUUAUUCAUUCAUUUAUUAUGCUUUUGACUUAUUAAAAAAGAAAAAAAUGAUUAUCUAGUGUUAAAUUGUAAUGAGUAUAUUUUAUCAUUCAUUUGAGUGAAUUAUGACUGAAAAGACAAGAUUUUCUGAAAAUUGGAUAGUUUGGUAGCUCAUCACAAUUGGAUGUUGUAAGACCAAAUGGGCAUUAGUAAUGUUUUGUAUAAAAUUAAAUAAUUGAUUUUAAAAUCUAAGGAAUAAUUGCUAUCAAAAUAAUAUUAUAUUUCCAAAGCUCCUUUUUAGUUUUACAAUGAUGUUUUUUCCUCUAGGCAUUUUGUUUAGUAUUUUAUAUAUGAGAUAUAGGAUUCAUUUAAUCAAUAUUUAGACUUUCACUUGUCAAGAUUAGUUAAUUUUAAUAAUUUAAUAGUUGAGUUUGUAUUCAUUAUAAUUUAUAAUAUUACCUAUAUACCUCAUUACAAAUUUUAAUUUAUUAUUUGGUCUAAGUAGCUUUACUAUUUAUAUAUUUGUUGUGGGUUUUUUAUUCAACAUAUUGUACACAAAACAUUAAAUAUAAUUGAUAAAAUAUUAUUUGAAAAAAACAGAUAUAACAGAUUAUAGAACUCUUCCAGCGGAGAUACUACAAUAAUUAAUAAAUUAACAAUAAUAUUUCAUAUUUAUUUUACAUCUGCAUUAAUAAAGCAAUUUUGACAGUUAAAGUAGGUAUAUAUCGUGGUUUUUAUAUAUUAUAUGUGUCAUAUUAUAUUUUAUAUCAUUAUAUAAUGUUAGCUAAUUAUCAAUCUUUUUCAGAACUCGGAAUUAUUCACUUUAACAUAUGGUGCUAUUGUGUCACAAUUAAUGAAAGACUAUGAAAAUGUCGAGGAUGUGAACAAACAAUUAGAUCGAAUGGGUUAUAAUAUUGGUGUGCGUAUGGUUGAAGACUUUUUAGCACGCACCAAUGCUGUGAGAUGUUACGAUUUAAGAGAAACGGCUGAUAAAAUUCAGGUUUUACUAUUGUUUAAUAAUAAUAAUUGUAGUGUUUAUAACUUAUCAUUGUGUUUCAUUAUAGUAUGCAUUUAAAAUGUAUUUGGGUAUAACUCCAGCAUUAACUAAUUGGAGUGCUGCUGGGGACGAGUUUUCCUUAACGUUUGACACCAAUCCAUUAACAGAAUUUGUGGAAUUACCAGAUAAUUAUCAAAAUCUUAAGUAUAGUAAUAUAUUAUGCGGCGCCCUGAGAGGAUCGUGUGAAAUGGUAUUUAUAACAAUUUUAUAAUGUUCUUAAAAAUACUUAAAUAUGAAAUAGAUAAAAGUUACCUAAGUACAUUUAAAACUACUGAAGAAAAUAAGAAUUUAUUGUUACUAGUCCACUUAUUAUAAUUGCUUUUUAUGUUAUCUGUUAAUUUUUAUAACACCAAAUGAAACUGAAAAUUAUAUUCAAUUAUACCAACAUAAUUUGUAUUAUCAUGUAAUAUGACAUUAACAUAACGUGUAUUUAUCAAAAUAAAUUAACCAUUAGCUCAUAUGUUAAAUAUCUAGGUAUAGAAAAGAGUAAACAUCUUAAAUAGAUAAAAUACAUAGAUUUGAUGGUAACUAAAGUUAAAAAUCUAAAGCAUUUAUUAAACUCUAUUAAAAUUAAAAGUAUAUAUAAUAUAUUAGUUGAAUCAUUAUUUACUUAUGCUAUAAUUGCUUGGGGCAGUGUGUGCUAUCCAACCUUAAGCAACAUCAAAUAACCCAAAACUAUAUAAUAUUGAGAAUUAUAAUAAUUAAAAAUUGACACUAUCAUAAUAUAAACUUAUAGUUUCAAUGUCUUAACAAGAAAAAAAAAACUUUAGAUUCUGAGAGAAGGUUUUGCAAUGAUUAUUAUUUUUUUUUUUUCUGUGAACAAAUUUUCUAGUGUAGCACCUUUUCUGAAAGAAAAUAUUUCUGGGGUACUUAAGGGAGGUUAUUUUUUGAUUUUCUCAGGGGUUUUCAUAAUAAAUGGAAAAACUUAGGAAAAACCGGAAAAAUUACAAAAUGUAUUAUUUUCAACUUGUAAAUAUUACGGCCUUUCAAAACAUGUAUAAUCUGAACUCUGUUUAGAAUCGUUUUUUGUUAGCAAAGAUGAAUUGUUGCACACAGAUUUAUAUUAAAUUCCAUUCUAUAAACUACCUUCCCAACUUCUCACCUACAACAGUGGCCCACCCAUAAUGCAAAGUAUGUCUGUAUCAUUUUAAAAGUGUAGUUAUCUAUUCAUUACAAAUAAUCUAAAUAAAUCAUUAAACCAUAAUUUUAAUACUCAACAUAGGUUAAAUAAUAUUAUUGUUCCCAGUACACACAAAGAUUUCACCUAAUCUUGACUUUCUUUUGUUAGAUAUUUUGUAUUCAAUAGACACUACUUAUGUUUUCUUUUUUUUUUGGAAAUAAUCCUGCCACUUGGAAUUACUGUGAAGCAAUACUUUAGACAGCUGGACAGAAUUACAUUUCCUAAACUUAAAAAACUUCAAAUUUUCCCUAGCCAAGUAGCUGUUUCAACAAGUUGCAGAUUACAAUAUGUACAUUAUACAUCUUGUCAUAAGAAUUAUUUUUAAUAGUAAUAAUAAUAAUAUAAUUAACCAUUUUUUUUUUUUUUUUUUUAUAAAUACUUAGCUUUAAUAACUGUUAUGUUAUUUGAGUUUUAGAAAUAAAUGUUGUAAAUGUUAGCUAUAAGAUUUCAUGGGCCCCACGCAAACAUAUUCAGUGGGACCAAUUAUCUUUUCAGAAGAAUAAAUAAAACUGUGUUCAUAUAGAUGUAUAAAUAAAAACACUUAUGUAGAAAUAAUAUACUAAAUAACUCAAAAAUAAUGUUACUAGACAUUUAUGUAAAGCUCAGUAAAAAUGUAAUUACAUAAAUUUAUCCCAGCAUUAUUAAUAAAUAUAUAUAAGACUUGUUCUUCCAUUUUUGCUCUGGUAUAUUGUAAAUAUUUUUGAAAAAUUAUAAUAUUUAAUUAUUCUGUGUUUAGAUGUGGCAGAUCUACAAAUUUAAGCACUUUCAAACAAUUUCUUUUAAAUUCUUUUUUCCUAAAUAAACAAACUGAUGUUAUUUAUACUGAUUUUGAGAAGGCAUUUGGCAGGAUCAAUCACUCUCAUUUAAUCACAAAACUCGCAAAAAUUGGGUUUGCGGUUUGAUCCAUUUAUUUCUUGGUUUAAUUCAUUUUUAUUUAACAGAUUGCAGUUUGUUAAAUAUAAACAUUUCAUUUCAAAGUCUAUAUCUGUCAUUUUUGUUGUCCCCCAAGGAGAUCACCUUUCUCCUCUUCUUUUUAAUUAAUUAACUAAUGAUAUUAUUUUUGCAUUAAAUAAUUCUAACACUUUGCUUUUUGCUGAUGAUGCAAAAAUGUUUCAAGUAAUUAUUGACCUGGAAGAUGCGAAACUACUAUAAAUUGAUUUAAAUAUUAUUUAUGAUUAACGCAAUUCUAACGGAAUGACCCUUAACAUUAAUAAAUGUAAUCCUAUAUUUUUCUCCAAAAAACGUAAUCUAAUAACAUUUAAUUAUAAUUUAGAUUCUUGUAAUUUAUAUCGAGUUCUUCAGAUAAAAUACCUUGGUAUCAUUUUUGAUUCUAAACUUUUAUUUAAUAUACAUUUAUUAGAAAUUACCAAAAAAGCUCUAUCGGUUUUUUCAGUACAAUUAAAUGGAACUGUUUUCAGUUCAAUAAUUCUAUCACAUUCAAAUGCCUCUCUUAUUAGACCACAUCUGAAGUACGCUAGUCUAAUUUGAGAAACCAAUACUCUAAGCCAUAGCAACUAAAUUGAAUCCAUUCAAAAUAAAGUUCUUCGUUAUAUAUCUGAUAAAUGCAAUAUUACCAGACAACCUUUUAAAAGAUAAAAGAUUUAAUUAUCAUACCAUGUUCCUGGAAAAACUUUUAAAUAAUGUGAUUGAUGAUUCCUUCCUUUUAAGUCUAAUAAACUUUAAAACAAACAUUACAAUGUAUGUGACAAGUACCUCUUUUAUAUUCCGCAAUGUUCUAAACAAUAUUUAGUAAGUUCUCCUAUUAAUUUUUUAUCUCCUCUCUUCUCAAUGGUACUCUCAAUGCACCUGACUUACUAGCGAAUGUUUCUUCACUCGAAAUCACUCCGUCUUCUUCAUUCCAGCUCACCUCAUGUCUUAUAGCAUAGCCUGUACCUCUACUUAUCAUUUUAAUUUAACUGCAUACUAAUAAUUGUUCUCUUACCACUGCCCUCAGAGUGUUUAUAUAUUUAAAUAAAAAAUAAAAAAUAUUAAUUUAAUACAAUCUGCCAGUAUACAUUCUUUAAUGAUAAAUUAUUUACAUGUAGCUAAGAUAAUGUUUUGGUUUUUUCUUUUCUUUAUAGUGUCAUUUAUUAAUUUAUAUAAUGGAAAACCUAAUUAAUAGUUUUAAUUUUAAAUGUGAAUUUUUGUAACUUUAAUGUAAUUUUUUUAUAUUCUUUUAAUUAUUAUUUAAUCUUAAGGUAUUACCAAAGUUUUCAUUAUUGUAUGAUUUGUCAAUGAAUUUGGACUUAUAUCCGUUAAUAAAUUUUAAAAAAAUAUAUAUAUAUAUAUACUUGAAUAACUUGUUAGUUAAAAAUGUUUAAAUAUAAUCUAAAUUUGUUUUUUUUUGUAUGUAUAGGUACAAAUGGAUGUAUCAUGUUGGUUUGUCCAAGAUCAACUUAAAGGUGAUUUAGCCACUGAAUUGCGAAUAAAAUUUAACAAACGUUUAGAAGACGCUAUUCCUGCUGGAGAAGAUUAG